CAGUGCUUCAUUCUGUUUCCUACCCGGAUGAAUUUUGUUGUGACAGCUUAACGGAAGCAAUUCGUGGCGGACGAAAACAAACCAAACAUACACAGUUUUUUAAUCAGUAGCUAGCUACAUUUGCACCGAAAACAACAGUGAACUGCAGUCGAUAUACAUUUACCUUAAAACUGCUGGUUUGGUGGCAAAAAGGAGACGAAUAGAUGUCUGAUGUACCAGAAUCGUCUGAUAAAAAGGAAGAGGAGAUCAACACCCCUGAUCCCGAGGAGGAGGAAUCGGACGAUAGCAGUGACGAAGGCGAAGGUGGUGCGACCGGGGAAGCGGAGAUGGAUUUUCUGCGCAACCUCUUCACCCAGACUCUGGGCCUAGGUUCCACUGAGAAGGUUCUGAAUGAGCUCACUUUGGAAGGCGUGGCCCGUUACAUACAGAGCGGCAAAUGUAAAAACAUCAUCUGCAUGGUGGGAGCAGGGAUAUCCACAUCGGCUGGGAUCCCUGACUUCCGCUCGCCUGGCACCGGGCUGUAUGCCAACCUGCAGAAGUACAACCUGCCUUACCCAGAGGCCAUCUUUCAGGUCGACUACUUUAAGAAACAUCCGGAACCUUUCUUUGCCCUGGCCAGGGAGCUGUACCCUGGGCAGUUCAAGCCCACAGUAUGUCACUACUUCAUCAGGAUGCUGAAGGACAAGGGUCUGCUCCGACGCUGCUACUCACAGAACAUCGAUACCCUGGAGCGCGUGGCCGGCGUCCAUGGAGACGACCUGAUCGAGGCCCACGGAACCUUCUACACCUCCCACUGCGUCCGCUUCCUCUGCCGCCAGGAGUACAGCAUGGACUGGAUGAAAGAGAAGAUCUUCUCAGACGAGAUUCCCAAGUGUGACAAGUGCAGCAGCCUGGUCAAGCCUGACAUUGUGUUUUUCGGUGAGAAUCUGCCAGCCCGGUUCUUCACCUCGAUGAAGAUGGACUUCCCUCGCUGUGACCUCCUCAUCAUCAUGGGGACGUCCCUGCAGGUCCAGCCCUUCGCUUCUCUGGUCAGCCGAGUCCCUAAAAGCACUCCCAGACUACUCAUUAACAUGGAGAAGACCGGGCAGUCAGAUGCCCUGAUGGGGAUGUUGGGUUUUGGAGGGGGCAUGGACUUUGACUCAGCGAAAGCCUACAGGGAUGUUGCGUACCUGAGCACCUGUGAUGAAGGCUGUUUGGCCCUCGCUGACCUGCUGGGCUGGAAGGCGGAGCUGGAGGAGUUGGUGAAACGGGAGCACGAUCUGAUCGACAGCAAAGACAAGAAAGACAAAGACAAAGCCAAGCCAGCCAACCAGAGUGCUGGGACUGAAGCGGGAACGAGUGACAAGGCCGAGUAGCCAAUGAAUGGACGGCUCAGGUCACAAACGACGCUCAGCCAGUCCCAGGCCUGUCUCAGGCAGCAGUGCGAUGCGAAUAAGACUGCACUUUGAAUUCUGUUUCAGUUUGUACAUCCUGUCUUCUUCUUCCUCCCUCUGUCCACUGUGGUUCCUCUAGCGCCUCAACCAACAAGCAAUAUACUCUACAGCAUCCAGGGACAACGAGGCCUAUGUGGGGGAGAAAGACAAGCCAGAGAUUUGCACACUAAGGCCACUCGAGUCUGCUAACUUAAUUGGGUCAGUCUUGACUGGAAGAGGAAGUGACAUAGGGAAUUGGAUACUGGCAAGAGCAACUGUGCUGGUUUGUUCUCCAUCAUUUACAAGAGGAGCGAGCUUGUAGGUGAACAGUGAUAAAUACUGAUGGAGUGGACGUCUCUUUCUAGUACUCAUUUUUCAGCUAUGGCUACUAAUAUUAUAUACUGUAGGGAUUUCAAGAUUUUUUAUGAAUGAUUUAAGAUAAUUUCCCUUUCAAAUAAUAUUUACUCAUAUUAUCGACACCUUCUGUCUGGUUUUAUUUAUAUGUUAAUAUUGGCUAAUAUGGUUUCUAUAUCUGUAUAAUGGAUGCAAAAUUGAAUUGGCUGUAGAGCUUUGCAUGACAGUACACCUUGUAGCCUCAAGGUGGAGACAAUGCACAAUCUGGGUGAAACUAUCAUGUGAGGGCGAGUAACAGUGAGGUGAAAAUAAACCAAGUUCCAUGAUCUAAA